AAAUGCGCAAUUUAAAAAGAGGAACACGGUUUCGUUUUGUCGAACCAAAGGAGGUUAAUUAAAUAAUAUAAACAAUGUCCAAUGUGCAAAUUUAAAACAAACAUAUUUAAAAAUUAAAAAAUAUGUUAAAACAUACUUUUUGUUCUUAAUUAAAGUGUAAAUAAUUAAGCGUCGAAAACUUUACGACGUAAAGAUAUAAAGCGUAAAUGUAAAGUUAAAGUGGAAAGUAUCGAACAUUCCGAGCAUCUGUAUGUCGCAUCAUCGCAUAUGUAGUUGCGCAUAGGGGCUUUAAACUCGUCUGACCCUCGUUUAUAAACAGAAGAUAAGCGGUCAGCGGCCGGCAACCAACUGACGCAUAUGCUGCCACAAACGCACAAUCAUAUGCAGAAAUACGUUAUAGCGAUACCAGUGGUUUUUACAAAUAUCUUGGAAACUAAGACCGACCAGCGGUUAUAUAUACAAAAAAAAUUGUUUAAAAUGUUGAGCUUUACAAUAUAGUCAAGUAUCAUCGAAAUUCCAAAGGAAGUAACGUUUAUUUAAGUUUAUUAAAUAACUAGAAAAUAAAAUUAUAUGAAAAGCAUGUAAUUGAUACUAAAUAUCAAUCAAUGUCCUAGUACUCAUAGCUAACGAUAUGUAUGUACAUGUAUGUUUGUUCCGCCAUUGCCCUAUGUCGUGCGCAUAUUUCCUCUUCACUGCUCAACGGUACGAGUCAAGGUCGCUGGUCACACAUUUCUACUUUCUCUCGCCGUUAGUAUUAGCAUGUUUUUUCCACCAAGAGCACCAGAGACGAGACGUAACGAUAGUGCAACUGUUGACCACGAGAGGCUCUUAUUCUUAGUAUCCAUUUUUCACCCGUAAACAUCGAUGAUUUCCCUACUCCAUACUCCCUACUUCUUAGCAUGUCUGGCGACGGUGAUUACCAAACUGGCAACUGGCGACGAACACUGUGCUAACAAAUCUAUGGUCAUUUAAUAUUUAGCAGCUGAGUGCAAUUGACCUACUCACAAAAUAGUUUUGUCAAUUUUCAUUUUUGUAUUAUUAGAUAGCUGUAAGUAAGAAUAAAGUUCAAGUCCACUCUACUUCUAAGAAAACUUCAAAAUGUCACAGAGGAUAAAGGUUUAUAUUAUUGGUGUCGGUAUGACAAAAUUCGAAAAACCGGGUAAACGGGAAGAUUUCGAUUAUCCGGUCAUGGUGAAGGAAGCAGUUACAAAAGCUUUGCAAGAUGCAAAGGUUUCUUAUGAUAAUGUGAAAGCAGCAUGUGUUGGAUAUGUUUAUGGUGAUUCUACUUGUGGUCAACGAGCGUUGUAUCAAAUAGGUUUUACCGGUUGUCCUAUAUAUAACGUAAAUAAUAAUUGCGCCACUGGCUCAACCGCUUUAAUAAUGGCUAAACAGAUUAUCGACACUGGCUCUAGUGAUUGUGUGUUGGCUCUUGGUUUUGAGAAAAUGGAAAAAGGUUCUUUAAUGUCUAAAUUUGAGGAUCGUACCAAUCCAAUGGAUAAACAUGUGGAACUCAUGGCUGAUAUUGCUGGUAUAAACGAAAGCCCAAUCACUGCCCAAAUGUUUGGAAACGCUGGACUUGAACAUAUGAAGAAAUAUGGUACCAAAGUUGAACACUUUGCAAAAAUUGCGUAUAAAAAUCAUUUACAUUCUUUAAACAAUCCAUACUCACAGUUCCAAGAAAAAUACACAUUGGAGCAGAUAAUGAAAUCUCCAAAAGUAUUUGGACCUCUUACCAAGCUUCAGUGUUGUCCAACAUCCGAUGGUGCAGCAGCUGUAGUUCUGGCUAAUGAAGAUUUUGUUCGUAAACAUAGACUUGAAUCUCAGGCAGUAGAAAUUGUAGCAAUGGAAAUGGCCACAGAUCUAGCUUCGACAUUCACAGAGAAGAGUUCUAUUAAACUUAUUGGCUAUGAUAUGACAAAAAAUGCUGCUGAAAAGGUGUUCACUCAGUCUCCUUACAAGCCAUCAGAUGUGGAUGUUAUAGAAUUACAUGAUUGCUUUUCUACUAAUGAACUUAUUACAUACGAAGCAUUGGGUCUUUGUCCUCCAGGUCAUGGUGGAAAGUUAGUUGAUGCUGGAGACAAUACAUAUGGAGGAAAAUAUGUAAUAAAUCCUAGUGGUGGUUUGAUCUCAAAGGGACAUCCUUUGGGAGCAACAGGAUUGGCACAAUGCGCUGAACUUUGUUGGCAACUUCGAGGAAAAGCUGGCAAACGACAAGUGCCAAACGCAAAACUUGCUCUGCAACAUAACAUAGGUUUAGGUGGAGCAGUUGUGGUUGCUCUGUAUCGUAUGGGCUUCCGUCAAUCUCAUAUAACUAAGAGAAAUUUAAGUGCAUCUGAUCCAGACCAGUUCAAGGCAAGUAUGUUGUUUAAAUUAUUAGACAUCGCAAUGCAAGAGGAUGAAGAAAAUCUGGUCGAAAAAUUUCGCGGAGUGUUCGGAUUUAAAGUAACCAACGGACCAGGAGGCGCAGAAGGCUUUUGGGUUGUGGAUACUAAAGCAGGAAAAGGAAAAGUAGAAUAUAAUGGAAAAACUAAACCCGAUGUUACAAUUACGAUUAGCGAUUUGGACAUUGUCGAUUUUAUUUCCGGAAAAUUGCAUCCGCAAAAAGCAUUUUUCCAAGGAAAAAUUAAGAUCCAAGGUAACAUGGGAAUGGCAAUGAAACUAAUCGAGUUACAAAAGCGUGCAGGCAAAAAGAUUGAACUUCUUCGAUCUAAACUAUAAAGGGCAUUAAGUGAAUGAAAAUAAUCUUUCAAUAUCGAAGACGACAUAAAUCUAAUUCCAGAAAUCAGAGGAUUGCGUAUGCUAUUUUGCUAUUCUUUUUUUAUUUCUCUAUUUUUAUUAUUCUUUUCUAAGUAUUUAUAAUCUGCAUACUUAAUCAAAGUAUACACACUCUCAUUCCACUAUCUAAAGUUAUAUGGUUUAAUAUACACUGUUCUCAAUUGUUAUUGUGUACGCGUACACGAAAUUGAAUUAUUUAAAAUAUAAUAUCGUUAUUAUAUAAUAAAAAAGAAGAAGGUGUUUUAGGAAGUUUUUAUAUGAGAUAUAUUGAUAGUUACUGUUUUAUCUUAAAAUUCUAUUUUUAUAAAUGUUAUUCCACUUUGAGAGAAUUAUAUUUGAUAAGAAAAAAGUGAAUAAACAAAAAAAAUAACAAUAAUUUUUUUGUUUCGCAUUAAAUAUAAAGUAUUUUUAUCUGUCAGCCUUAUUUAGUUUUUAAAUGAACUGUAACUCAAUUCAAUUUGUAGUCAAGAACAAAUCUUUAUUAUUUCGUAGAAAUAAUUGUGUUCAAUUUCUAAGUCAAAUUGGCAAUUUUAUUUUGAGUUUAUUGAAUUGGUUGUAAUAUGUUAUCAAAUCAUGUUCUUUUAAAAAAGUAUCUGUUCAAAGAUAAUAGAUAUGUAUAUAAGAAAAGAUGUAAAAGAAAAAGAAAAGUUUUUAUAGAAUAACUUUUACAAGUGAUGAAAAACAUAGAUGAUAUAAAUUCAGAAGCGAGAUACAAUAAAAAAUAAAUAAAAAAAUUACGUGAUGAAGGUGUAGGGUAUUGAAUUUAUUAGCGAUAUUUGUUUUUUACUAUAAAAUAAAUGAAACGAACAAAU